AUGCAUUCGGUGUACAGCCGAACACCAGAAACCGUGGACUCCCUGGUCCAUCAGGCGGAGAACCACACUCAGGCCGUCCUCCUGCACACGUACUGUGACCUGGCCAGUCCUGCGGCGGCUCCCAUCGGGGAGUUUUUCACAGACGUGGGUCUCUUUGUCUUGGGCUCCGAGCUCAGUCUGGAAGAAGCUUCACACCGCUUCUUUGAUGCCCUUUUCCCCCUGGUUUACGAGCGGCUGGUGGAGCCGGGUCUCUCCCGCUUGUCUCCACCGUACGCCGAGUGUGUCCGCAUGGCCUGUCGGGAUCUGGCGCCAUAUGGCAGAGCCCCGAGUCGCCUCGCCGCGCACAUCUCCCGCGCCUCACUACCUGGCCGGGUGUUCCUCCAGGCGCUUCACUUGGGGGUCGAGGUCAUCAAUACGACCGACCACAUUCAGCUCAGCCGCGAGUGUAGACGUGGGCUGCUGAGGAUGAGCUACUGCCCGCACUGUCAGGGUCUGACCGCCAGCAAGCCCUGCAUGGGCUACUGCCUCAACGUGGUGCGAGGGUGUCUCGCCAGCCUGGCCGAAGUGGACACCCAUUGGAGGGAGUUUGUGCGAUCGUUAGAGACGCUCUCCACCCGCAUGCAUGGAGCGCAGGACCUGGAGCAAGUGCUUCUGGGAGUUCACGAGCUGGUGAGGGACACGGUGGCCCACGCGCAGAGGAGUGCACCGCGACUUUCUGCUCAGGUGCACAGGGUGUGCGGUUACCCCAGCAGACAGCCGGAGCAGGUGAGCAGCGUUCAGCACGGCCUCGCCGGCCAAGACUCUAUUCCUUUGAAAGAAGUGAUCAGAAACACAGAGGACACGCUCAGCAACAGGAGGAAAGAGUUCAUCAGCAGUCUGCGUCUAUACCGCGCCUUCUACGGCGGCCUGGCCGACCAGCUGUGUGUGAGCGAGUUGGCCUCUGCAGAUGGACUGGCCUGCUGGAACGGGGCUGAUGUGGGCAAAAGCUACACUCUUCGAGUGGUUGGCAAUGGGAUUAAAGCCCAGGCUGAAAACCCAGAAGUCAAAGUGAAGGAGGCCGACCCAGUGAUCAGUCAAGUCAUUGAUAAACUGAAGCACAUCAAUCAGCUGUUGCAGGGCAAGUCAAUACCAAAGCUUGGCACCCUGGACCAAAUCGAGACAGGAAGUGGAGACGGAUACAGUGGAGAGUGUGAUGACGAGGAUGGAUGCUGGGGAUCAGGGAACGGAGCGGCCGAGAGGAGAAGAAUAGUCACUAUAUUGACAUCGGAAAAUACCAACAAUCACCGAUACCAUCACCCACAAACCAAAGACUUUGAUCAGAUGAAUUCUGGCACAAGAGAAACACAAACGGUCCCGCUGGCUCUGGUCUCGAUAUACGCGUUUGCGCUGUUGUCAGGGUAACAUCAGCCAACUUGGGCCCGAGCCCCAGUCUCAAGACUGCUUUUUUACACUGUUUCUUGGAAAGAAAAGAAUACGUGCCAGCUUUACAAUGUUGAGGGAGAAAUUUCAUCGAGGAGAUGUUCUCGAAUGGAAACGGAUUGUAAAAAUGUAUGCAUUGAGAACUGAGGAUGAACUGAGAGUGAAAAAAUAUUAAACAAAUCUGUCCUUUCAUAAACCUUUUUAAUCACAAAGAGUUUCUAUCAUACACAUAACAGGCUACUAAACAUUCUGCCGACACUUUACUGCCUUGAAAAAUAUAUUUUCUACAGGGUUCAGAG